AUGGCAAACCUCAACGAACUUUCCACCGAAAUUCUGCUGGAAAUAUUAAGCUACAUAGAUUACGACGUCGAUCUGACAGCACUUUCACAGACUAAUCGUCGACUUUACAAUCUUACAAGCAAAUUGAUCGAUCAGGCCAUCCUCCAUAUCUUCAAUAACAGUGACAUCUAUCCCAACAAAAGCGGUGCGUUGCACAACGCAACAUUUGAUGGAAAUGUGGACUGUGUGCGCAGGCUGUUACGACUUGGAAUUCCCCCAACUUGGAGACGUAGAAAGGGUCAUUGUUGGGAACCCAUCCAGACCGCGGCGACAAGGGGACAUGCGAACCUAGUUCGUAUGUUCAUAGAGCACGGCGUCGAUCCGAACGCCGUGAAAGACCCUGAACGCUUUAAUUUGAACAGAAAUCCUCUUCUGGCCGCAAUAAGUGGCGGCCAUGAAGAAGUUGUCCGAGUAUUGAUUGAACAUGGUGUGGAUUUGGAAUACACCAAGGAGCAAGAGACGAAUGUGCAGCCUUUAUCCGAGGCCACAAGUCGCCUUCGCUACGAGAUAGUGAAACUACUCCUAGAUCAUGGUUGCAAUCCCCGAUCACCCGACUUCCUAUCAUGGAGGCCAAGCUCCGCACUCGAGGUGGCUGGUGGUUUGAGCCUGCCAAUUCUGCGUAUGUUUGUGGGUCCCGACAUACCAGAGGACUACUUCUCUGCUUCUGAAAACUAUUCUCAUGAUAUGGUAAUCGAGGCCCUGAGAAAGAGUAAUCUGCCCCUGGUCAGGUUUCUUGUGGAGCACGGUGCCGAAUUCAAUUAUCGUCAGCCGAAUCAUUGCCAAGGCCUUCCUUCUCAGAUGUACCUAUGGGGUGACGUUUUGUACCACCUCGGCCGCUUGUCAGUCAAAUGUUCUGAAGACGCAGGUUACUUGCUUCGAAACAUAGAUGUUGAUAACAUCAUCACUGAAAGAAAUAUCACUGCGAUUAUGGGUCUGGCUAUUGGUGCGGCACGUGGUGGCAAUAUAGGUCUGCUAAAGCGUUUAAUAGGCCUUGACUGGAUACAGAGUCACCCAAUGAUUGAGCCAGAAAUCUGGAAAGAUCUUAUGACCACGUGUAUGGCAGAGGCAGUUUUUGGAGGCCAUCUCGAAAUUGUCAGACUAUCACUCAAUCGCGGAGCAGAUCCCGACGAUCCAGCCUAUUGGAACCGGACCGAAGGAGUACGCGAUCGGCCUAUCCACAAUGCAAUAAGAAAAGGAUAUACGAAGAUUCUCGAGUUACUGCUCGAUAGAGGAGCCAAUGCGUUCCCAAAGGGUGGCAAGACUGCUUUUGAAAAAACAACCACUCGAUAUGCACCAAAAUUAACGCGGCAGGCACGGUAUGAUAUCGUCCAGCUUCUAGUGAACAGAGGCCUCGUUGAAGCGGACCAAGUUUGGGUGCAAAGAGGCUUCUCUGAACCGCAAGUACCGGAGCGAAGAACUAUCAAAAGAGCCGUUCGCUGGGGGCCAAAGAUAUUCCGCCUAAUUCAGCAGCAUUUCGACGUCAAACUUGAUGUGGGCAACGCCAACCAUCAGUUGGCAUUUGAGGAAGCUGUUGAACGAGGUGACAUUGCAAUUUUGAAGGAAUUUCUUGAGGCAGGAUUUAAUCCCAACGUUCCCGACGGGCUUCUGAUUACCGCAGCAGAAAGCGACCGGAGCCAUGACGCUACAGAGCAAGUUGUUGACCUACUACUCUUGUACGGAGCGGAUAUCAAUUUACGCGAUACGGAAACAGAUAUGCCGUAUAUCUUCAGGGGCAUACAUGGCCUCAAGUAUUGCUCAGAGGAGGUUAUCAGGUUUCUUUUGCGAAAGGGCGCCGAUCCGUUUAGUGUCGACCGGUCCGGAGAGCAUCUAUUCAUUAAGGUAGCAGCGGAAGGUCAAACGGACACAGUGAAAGGCGUGCUGGGGCACUUUGAUAAUGAAGGGAUUCCGUUUGCUCGGGUCAAAUCUAUGGUUGAGAAGGCUGCAAGAGCCGCAGGUAGUGCCGCGAAGGCUGCCAUGACUUCAGCGUAUGAAAUGAAGCCCGAUACUUACAAUAUUAGGAAUGACGCGCUUUAUUAUGCCAGAGAAACUGCCACAGUGGAGGAGUACCUAUGGCGCUGGUAUUGGCACAGAAUGUAUCCUUGUCAGGAGAGCUAA